CGGCGUGUGGAUCUAGUUGGAUAAACCGAGGCCGUCGCGUGUUUGUUGCACCCAACGUGUGUUGGUUUCUGCUACGGGAUAAAAGCAGUUCGGGCGAUACACUUCUUGUAAAUGUGAAGCGAUUUGUGUUUUUAUUUUAGCCGUCUGUUCUCAGAUUUAAAAUGUUCAUGUACCGCAGGCCUACUACUGUUUGAACAAUCAAUAUUUUAAAAUAUCUCAAUUACAAUUGUUCGUUUUAAUUGAUCAUAACUGUUUUGCACCGAAGUAAAAAGGCCGUCGCUUAGUACUUAGCUUAGGAAAAACGCGAAUCUUGACAUAUUUCCAAAUUGUGAAUGCGAAUAUUUUGAGCUCACACAAGAUGAAACUAAACCUAGGCCUAGCUUGGAUAACGGAGUAUAAACAUUUGCUGUCCCUCAAUAGAAUAACCUGUCUAGAUUGAGUUCGUUGUUCAAGGUGUGUGCGAUUGGUCUAGACAGACGCUCUUCGACAAGAUAAAGCGAUGGGUCAGCUAGGAUCGAAAAAGAAAUCCCCAGAAAAUGGAGAACUUGAGAACCAGGUGGACCUCCUGCGCGGCAGCGUGAAGGCAGCAGACGACAGCACUCCGCAGGUGUACUGGCAGCGCUGGGUGAUGCUGUGUCUCUUCUGCCUCUACUCCUUCAGCAAUGCCUUCCAGUGGAUCCACCUCAACAUCAUCACCAACGUGUUGGCGGGCUUCUACAACGAAAGUUUACCAGCUAACGAAUAUCAGCGCAACACAGCCAUUGAUUGGCUGUCCAUGAUCUACAUGCUGGCUUACAUCAUCCUCAUCCUGCCAGCCACUUGGAUCCUGGACAAGAAAGGGUUAAGGCUCUCCUGCAUUCUGGGAUCGCUUCUCAAUGCUUUGGGUGCCUGGCUCAAGUGUGCCAGUGUGUCGUCAGACAGGUUUUGGCUGUUGAUGAUCGCUCAAACAAUCUGUGCCAUCUCACAGAUAUGGGUGCUGGGAAUACCUGCACGUCUGGCAGCCGUCUGGUUUGGUCCUAACGAAGUCUCUACGGCAACCUCUUUGGGGGUAUUUGGUAAUCAGGUUGGGAUUGCUGUAGGGUUUUUGAUCCCCCCAAUGCUUGUCCCCAACUCUAAAGACAGAGACACAAUGGCAUCAGAUUUUUACUGCAUGUUCUACAUUGGCGCUGCUGUCACAAGUGUUAUAUUCAUUCUUAUUGUUAUCUUUUUACGUGACAAGCCUCCCCAACCACCCAGUAGAGCCCAACAGUUGGCAGUAGAGGCAGCUACACAUGAAGAUUAUUUCAAAUCUCUUUCUAGGCUGUUACGAAACAGAGGAUUUAUUGUUCUCAUGAUAGCCUAUGGUAUCAACACAGGUUCAUUUUAUGCUAUUUCAACUCUCUUAAAUGCCAUUGUGCUGUAUUAUUUUAAGGAUGAAGAAGAGAAUGCAGGAAGAAUUGGUCUGACCAUCAUAUUGAUGGGAGUACUGGGUGCUAUUAUUGCUGGAAUUUGGCUGGACAAAACUAAAACUUUCAAGGCUACAACCAUUGGAAUAUACAUUUUAUCUUUGGCUGGUACAGUUGCAUUUACAUUUACUCUUGACGUAGAGGCUAUCUGGAUAGUUUUUAUAACUGCUGGAGCAUUGGGAUUUUUUAUGACAGGCUAUUUACCAGUAGGAUUUGAAUUUGCAGCAGAGUUAACUUUCCCUGAAUCAGAAGGGACAUCAUCUGGUUUGCUGAAUGCAUCUGCUCAGAUUUUUGGUAUCAUCCUGACGCUUGGAAUGCGAGCCAUGUUGGAAUCUAUAAAUGUGUUCAGUGCUAACAUCACAAUGUGUGCUCUUUUACUACUCGGAACUGUGAUAACUGCUGUCAUUAAACCAGACUACAGGCGACAGGCUGCAGGGAAGGGAGAAUGGACACAGAGGACAGAUGAAAUCAUUGCACCCAAUAGCCAUUUCAAUUCUUAAACUGUCCUGCAGAUGUUAUUUAAUCAAUUUUUUUUGUAUAAGUCUAAAAAAAUCUCCUAUCCUUAAGAUUUUUUUUGAAACAAUGGUAAUGAACUGAAAAUAUUGUUAGAAAAGUUGUGUAUCACAUUUCACUAUAAGAUGUAAUUUAUUGUAUAAGCCUAUUAAAAUUGAAGGGGUGGUACAAUGUGUUUACCAGCAUUUAUCUUCAUAGUAUCAUGUCAUAGAAAUGUCACUCCUAUUCAGAGUGUGUAAAAAUAAUAAUCUUGUUUAUAAGAAGCUCUUCCAUAAACCAAAAAUAUUUAAUUAAGCUCUGAUGUGUUUACUAAAGUUUAUAUCAAACUGCUCGGAAAUAAUGGAACAAAUAUUGUUUAGAUAUCCACCUGUUGUUGCCCUUUUGCUAAAUUUUAAAAUGUGUUUAUUUAUAGUAUUCUGCUGAGAUAAGCAAUGACUUGGACUGUUAUAUUGCAGCAGCAUUAUGAGAAUUUGUAACUAAACUUUUUUUUAAAUGUUUUAUUUCUAGAGAAAUUAUUUUUGUCUUGAAGUAUCAAACCUCAGCUAUCACACAGCAGAUGCACACGGAUGUUUACUUAAGAAAUGAUGGCUGAAGUAAAAAUAUUUCAUUUUUUCCUUGUUUAUUUUAUGUAUAUAAUGAACAUAUAAAUAGAAGCAGUUAAGUUUCUCCUCCACAUUAUAUUAAUAAAAGAACUAUUACUCAAUUAUUUUUAAGUGGACUAACAGCCAUAAACAAAUAAUGGGGAACUUAGUGGGAGUUAUACAAAAACUUUCAUCUGGAUCUAAGAGUUGUAUUUGGAUAUAGCCUAUUAAUCUAAACUCAAUAUCUUGUUUGAUGCUAUUAAUUGAAAUUCUUUUUUUUUAAAGCGCAUUUUGGAUUUUAUAAAUUUGCCUUUUUCCAUUUUUUUACUUUCAAACUUUUAUUGACUUUUUGCUGCCAAAAGGUACAUGAUCAUGUCUAAUUGACAAAUUAUAUUUUAUUUAUUACUGUGAAUGUUAUUUUGCUUCCACAUAACGCUGUUUAAGCCAAUAAUAUUUUUUACUGUUUAUUGUAACAGCUUUAUUUAUAAAAAAAACUUUAAAAGAAAAAGGAAAUACUUUUUACAUAAUUAAGGUAAUUUUCUAUAAUUUUCAAAUUAAAUUCAGCAACUUAAUUUGUAAGCAUGUAAUUAGUUUGAUUUAUUCAACCACUUUUUAUCAAUUAUAAAAUCAUUUACAGACUUAUAUAUUAGUUAAGCUAGUAUACUAUUUUGAAAA